AUGCAAAUCAAUAACAAUAAUAAUAAUGAUAAUAAUAAUAAUAAUAAUAGUAGUAGUAGUAGUAGUAGUAGUAGUAGUAGUAGUAGUAGUAGUAGUAGUAGUAGUAGUAGUAGUAGUAGUAGUAGUAGUAGUAGUAGUAGUAGUAGUAGUAGUAGUAGUAGUAGUAGUAGUAGUAGUAGUAGUAGUAGUAGUAGUAGUAGUAGUAGUAGUAGUAGUAGUAGUAGUAGUAGUAGUAGUAGUAGUAGUAGUAGUAGUAGUAGUAGUAGUAGUAGUAGUAGUAGUAGUAGUAGUAGUAGUAGUAGUAGUAGUAGUAGUAGUAGUAGUAGUAGUAGUAGUAGUAGUAGUAGUAGUAGUAGUAGUAGUAGUAGUAGUAGUAGUAGUAGUAGUAGUAGUAGUAGUAGUAGUAGUAGUAGUAGUAGUAGUAGUAGUAGUAGUAGUAGUAGUAGUAGUAGUAGUAGUAGUAGUAGUAGUAGUAGUAGUAGUAGUAGUAGUAGUAGUAGUAGUAGUAGUAGUAGUAGUAGUAGUAGUAGUAGUAGUAGUAGUAGUAGUAGUAGUAGUAGUAGUAGUAGUAGUAGUAGUAGUAGUAGUAGUAGUAGUAGUAGUAGUAGUAGUAGUAGUAGUAGUAGUAGUAGUAGUAGUAGUAGUAGUAGUAGUAGUAGUAGUAGUAGUAGUAGUAGUAGUAGUAGUAGUAGUAGUAGUAGUAGUAGUAGUAGUAGUAGUAGUAGUAGUAGUAGUAGUAGUAGUAGUAGUAGUAGUAGUAGUAGUAGUAGUAGUAGUAGUAGUAGUAGUAGUAGUAGUAGUAGUAGUAGUAGUAGUAGUAGUAGUAGUAGUAGUAGUAGUAGUAGUAGUAGUAGUAGUAGUAGUAGUAGUAGUAGUAGUAGUAGUAGUAGUAGUAGUAGUAGUAGUAGUAGUAGUAGUAGUAGUAGUAGUAGUAGUAGUAGUAGUAGUAGUAGUAGUAGUAGUAGUAGUAGUAGUAGUAGUAGUAGUAGUAGUAGUAGUAGUAGUAGUAGUAGUAGUAGUAGUAGUAGUAGUAGUAGUAGUAGUAGUAGUAGUAGUAGUAGUAGUAGUAGUAGUAGUAGUAGUAGUAGUAGUAGUAGUAGUAGUAGUAGUAGUAGUAGUAGUAGUAGUAGUAGUAGUAGUAGUAGUAGUAGUAGUAGUAGUAGUAGUAGUAGUAGUAGUAGUAGUAGUAGUAGUAGUAGUAGUAGUAGUAGUAGUAGUAGUAGUAGUAGUAGUAGUAGUAGUAGUAGUAGUAGUAGUAGUAGUAGUAGUAGUAGUAGUAGUAGUAGUAGUAGUAGUAGUAGUAGUAGUAGUAGUAGUAGUAGUAGUAGUAGUAGUAGUAGUAGUAGUAGUAGUAGUAGUAGUAGUAGUAGUAGUAGUAGUAGUAGUAGUAGUAGUAGUAGUAGUAGUAGUAGUAGUAGUAGUAGUAGUAGUAGUAGUAGUAGUAGUAGUAGUAGUAGUAGUAGUAGUAGUAGUAGUAGUAGUAGUAGUAGUAGUAGUAGUAGUAGUAGUAGUAGUAGUAGUAGUAGUAGUAGUAGUAGUAGUAGUAGUAGUAGUAGUAGUAGUAGUAGUAGUAGUAGUAGUAGUAGUAGUAGUAGUAGUAGUAGUAGUAGUAGUAGUAGUAGUAGUAGUAGUAGUAGUAGUAGUAGUAGUAGUAGUAGUAGUAGUAGUAGUAGUAGUAGUAGUAGUAGUAGUAGUAGUAGUAGUAGUAGUAGUAGUAGUAGUAGUAGUAGUAGUAGUAGUAGUAGUAGUAGUUGUAGUAGUAGUAGUAGUAGUAGUAGUAGUAGUAGUAGUAGUAGUAGUAGUAGUAGUAGUAGUAGUAGUAGUAGUAGUAGUAGUAGUAGUAGUAGUAGUAGUAGUAGUAGUAGUAGUAGUAGUAGUAGUAGUAGUAGUAGUAGUAGUAGUAGUAGUAGUAGUAGUAGUAGUAGUAGUAGUAGUAGUAGUAGUAGUAGUAGUAGUAGUAGUAGUAGUAGUAGUAGUAGUAGUAGUAGUAGUAGUAGUAGUAGUAGUAGUAGUAGUAGUAGUAGUAGUAGUAGUAGUAGUAGUAGUAGUAGUAGUAGUAGUAGUAGUAGUAGUAGUAGUAGUAAUUAUAAUAAUAAUAAGAAGAAACGAUAG